CCGGUUGACUGCAUGAAAUGGCAUCACCAUCUGCAUCUUGUCUUCCUUCCUUCAUCUCAAUCUUUAUCUGAUUCACUUUGUCUACGUUCUUUGAGGCAAUUCGAAAGAAAUGUCGACGUCUCUCCCGAUCUUGCAUUUCAACGAUGUCUACCGCGUCAAUCCACAAAAGCUCAGCGGGGGCGCGACGAUUGAUGUAACGCAGUUCGCGCACAUGCUCGACGAACUACGCGAGCGCUGGCCUGUACGUGAGGAUGGAAAACGGGAUGGACUUGUGUUGUUCUCUGGUGAUUUGUUUGCGCCGUCUGUGGAGAGCUCGGUGACAAGGGGUAGUCAUAUGGUGCCGGUCAUCAACGAGCUUGCUCCGGAUGUUGCGGUCACAGGGAAUCAUGACUUUGAUUUUGGUUACCCUCAUCUUACGAAACUUCUAAAUGACACUAAAUUUCCCUGGCUACUGAGCAACAUAAUAGACGAAACGACCUCCAGAAUACCAGAACACCUGCACGAAUUCUACAUCACCGAUCGAUGCGGUGUCCGAAUAGGGUUCAUCGGACUUGUAGAGAGUGAAUGGAUCACAACGGUACCGGCAUGGCCGUCGAAUUUCAAGUAUAGAGAUAUGGUGGAGGUUGCUUUGGAUUUGUCAAAACGCUUGAGGGAUCCGCAGGGAGAGUAUAAAUGUGAUUUGAUUAUUGCGCUCACGCAUUCUCGAAUUCCGAAUGACAUCCGACUUGCAAAAGGCAUCAACGCACUCUCACCUAGCCACCAACCUGCCGACUUUGCCACAACCCAUGGAGCGGAUAUCAUCCUCGGUGGACACGAUCAUGUGUAUUAUGCAUCAAAAGGAGUGACUUCAUGGGAGGGUUACGACGUGAACCAAGAAGUCCUCGGUGCUGAACAGGAUGAAGGCGAUGUCCUUGUUGCGAAGAGUGGCACGGAUUUCCGCGAGCUUAGUGAGGUUGUACUUGAGCUCGAGGAUACUCCUUCUGGAAGUGUGAGGCGAAAGGUAAUAAAGUGUGUGAAGGGGAAACGACAUGAGACGAAGCCUGGAUCACCGUCUUCUCAACGGCUCAAGGAGGUUCUAUCGAAGAUACUGGAUUCAGUCUCGGAAACGAUGAAAAAGCCUGUAUGCUACGCCACAGAAAAGCUGGACCUUCGUUCAGAGUACAUCCGUACCGAAGAAUCUGCAUCAGGGGACUGGUUCGCAGACGUGAUUCAUCAUGCAUAUGAUGACGCAUUGUGUAACAUGGGAAUUGAGAGUGCGGAUGGUGUGUUCCUGUGCGCAGGCGCUCUUCGUGGAGACACUGUAUACGGACCAGGUCUUGUCACACUUGGCGACAUUUUAGAGAUACUCCCAUUUGAGGAUAGUAUUCUUGUCCUUGAGCUCGAUGGCCGAACUAUCUGGGAAGCAUUUGAGGCAGGACUGGCUACGUGGCCAGCACAAGAAGGUCGCUUUCCCGUCAUUUCUGGCUUCCGCGUAACCUGGGACUCUCGAAAACCACCCGGUCAACGAGUUCUGAACAUUGCAGUGCAAACCCACAAACGCAUAGACCCAAACAAGAGCGGAGACUCGACGCCUAAUUUGCUCAUAGACCAUGAAGAAGUGAAGCGGGGACGAGGAGGACGUAAAUAUGUCGUUAUAACAAGAGAGUAUAUGGCUCAGGGACAUGAUGGGUUUGAGUGUUUGAAGGACCAAAAGAUGCUCAUUGAUGAUGAGCAGGGACAGAUGAUGAGUACCAUUGUUCGGAAAUAUCUCUUGGGAUCUAAAUAUAUCAACAAGAUGAACCGCGCAGUCGAGCAGACUGAAAAGGAUAAGACGGAACACCCAAAAGUUGCGCAUUUGCACGCCGAGACGGAGCGUAUACUACAGAAUGCCAAACAUAGAGCAGAACGACUGAGCAAGGAGACGUCACUGCGUGCACGCGACCAUUGGCACCAGGCCAUUAAUCACGUCCGUGAGAUUCUACACUCUCCCGCGUUUUACCGAGCACCUCUGGCUGUUGCUCGUCGGGAGCAUAUGGGGAGUACGGAUUGCUUCGACGGAGAUCAUGUGAGGUCGGGAGAAAAGCAGCAGCGAACUACCGAGGAGAUGGAAGAUGAGGAUUUGCCUGAAAUUACACCAGUCGUUGACGGAAGGCUGAAAGACGUAGGAAGAACUUAAAAUAAUUUUUGUAAUGUAGAAGGACAUGGAAGUUCU